CAUCCAAACCUUCACCUCACAGUAUCUAUAUCCUACAAUUAGCCAUUCCAAAUCCCCUCCAUAACCCCCCAAGGUGCAAGAAUGUCCCAACCCACAAACACAAAACUAAUGGACACCUCUCCCGGCGGCGAAUCAUUCAACCAAUACGAUGAAGCCACUGUCUUCACCUCACCCAACACCGAGCAGAAGCCUAAUUUCGGCGACGACGCCAUCCCCCCCCGCGGCCCCGCCCUCUCCGCCCAACAGAAAACCGCGCGCGAGCGGAAGGAUCAUAGAGACCAGAAUAGACGGUACGAAGAAGCGAUCAGCGAGCACGGGUUUGGGGGCACAACUAUGGGGACUACUCACACCACUACCAGCACCAGGCCCCGGAGGGGGAGUGUCGAUGAUAAUGGUGAGAGCGGUGUUAAUAUUACCGCCACAAGGGAGGAACAACAGCAGCAGCGGAGGCAUUCAAGCUACGAGACGAGUCCUGAGGUAGAGGAGAAGGAGGUGAGGGAUCGGAAGAGGCAGGGGUAUGGGGAAGGUAGUGGGGUGGGGGGUUAG